AAGAAAAAGGGAUCAUGUCAAUUUUUUUAAAAAUAUGCAAGUUUUUAAAAUUGAAAUGAUGGCUUUUUAUUACAAAAAUAUCUUUUAUAUUCCUUGAGUUUGAAUGAAAAGGUGCAGAUGCGCGUUAAAUUUGACUUUUAAACGCCCGUAUUUGUUGCUUAUAUAAAGGUGUCAGCGUUCAGUGUACAUGAACGCUGUGAAUUUAUUUGCAAUUCGGUGACCGUGACCUUGUUAGUAAAUUGAUAGUUGAAAAUUGAUUCGGCAGCAGAGAGACCCCUGGGAGCGGAAAGAUAUAAAGAUACAGCCAUGGAGGACUUAAUCGAGCUCAUAGCAAAUGCACUCAGCAUGUUAACGAUAAUGUCAUGUCUGUUUUUAAAAGUGCCGCAGAUUAUGUAUAUAAGGGAGAAACAGUCUGCAGAAGGUAUUUUCAUCCAGGCCAUGCUUAUGGAAAUAACUGGGUUCUCGAUAAUGACGCUAUACAACUAUACAAAUAAAUAUGGAAUAAUGACGUACAUGGAAUACCCAAUAAUAUUGUUUCAAGUGUAUGUAAUGUUUUAUUAUGUGCUGAAAUUCAAAAACAUGCUCAGUAUGCCAAUGGUGCCUGUUUUGACGACUGCGUAUUUUGCAACCGUGCUCGGAUUUGUGCUGGACCUUCUACCAAAACAGUUACUGUCUUACAUGGUGCCCUUCUGCACUCCGCUGAGCGGUUUCGCGAAAGUUACUUACAUAUACGGCAUCAUCCAAGCGGCAAAUGCGGACGCAGUGUCGCCUACAACGUGGAUUAUAUCCGUGCUUACGAAUCUCGCUCGCGUGUUCACGGUAUACGUCGACUCGGCCGAUGGAAAAUUAAUCGCGAACUUCGUUAUAUCAACUCUCCUCAGCUCUGGAGUAUUAUUCACAGCUCUGUAUUACCAAAGGAAGACAGCUAGUCCGCCACGCCGCCGACGCCGCACCUCAAGCCAUGACGACUAGCAACUGCCUUAUAUUAUUCAGUCGAAGUCGCUUGUAGUGAUUUGCUGUCGCUUAUAACACUUCACCGCGGUUGUGUGAUUAAUUAUUUAAUUUCAAUAGGAAAUGUAUGGCGAUAUUAUUGCUUAUGGCAAUUUUAAAAUAUGCUAUUUUGUAUGACGUUAUAUAAUUGUGUUAUCUACUGCCAAUGUAAUUUUUUGAAGUUUCACUUCGCCUGUAAAUUCGGUAGAAUAUACGUCAAUGGGUAAAUGCAUAUUCGCGGUGUUUUGAUAUAAGCAACAUAUUGCAAUAUGCUUAUUAUAUUAAUUAUUGAGUGAGUUUCAAAAAUUUUGUUGGAAAACACACGUUCGCCGUUUGAAUUUGUAAAAUUAUGUUUUGGAAGUACUCAUCAUUUUAUCGUCUAGAAAAUAAUGCACAUGUAUUUAGUAUUGUUAUGUAAUUCCUACUGAAUUUUAAAUCAUACUGUGUUUAAACGGAAAGUUUGAUGCACAUAAAAGAUAUUUUUUAAAAAGCUUGUAGUGAGACAGUUAAAAUUAGAUUUUUCCACUCACUUAAAAGCAAUUACCUGUUUGGCUCAAUUCGGCUUAACUUUUUUCUAUUCUCAUGCAUAGUAAAUAUUUGAGUAAAACGUAACAGUCAAGUUCUUGUGUUAUGUUCAACAGCUUUAAAUAAAUAGUGCCAUCACAUUUUAUUAACAGUGGUCUAUAGGUGAAAUAAUAAUUAUAUGUAUGGAGAUAAACGUCUCUAUGAGUAAAAUCAAUACGGACAGGUGUGCGAAUUUGUACCACAUGGGACCGUAGCCAAUAUGAUUUUAUUUUACAAUUGUUAACGCUAUCGUUAUAUAUGAGAACUAGCUUUUGCUCGCUCCUUUGCCCGCGUCAAGGAGUUUCCCGGGAUACAAAGUAACAUAUAAAGUUUCCAGGAUCUUAAACUAUCCCCAUACCAAAUUUCAUAAAAAUCCGUUCAAUAGAUUGAGAAAAUACAAACAGACAGAAAAGGGCUCCUUGUUUUAUAAUAUGUAUGGAUAACAUAUCAUAAAGAUAGACUAAACGCUAGUAAAUAUCAUGUUUUUUCUAUUAGCUUUAACGAUUGUACAAAGGUAUAAUGGUUACGGCCUGUUGUAAUAGUCCUAUUUGCCUAAAACAGAUACUAUACAAUAAAAUAUCCAUCAAUACUUUAUUCUAUAGGGUCUGUUUUCAAAAACAUUAUCCCAUAUGUUUCAAAUAUAGAUCACUAUAUUAUUCUAAAUUAUUUCUUGGAAGCACAAUUUUGUGUAACUGUUAAACAUGCUUGCAUUAAAAGAAUGCAUAUAUUUUUAAUACGUUAAAGCAAUAUAUUGCGUGAGUAGUGACGAAAUUGAUUAUCUAUUUUCUACAUGUCAUUAACAGCUGUUUUCUAGAAACGAUCCAAAUAUCAAUCUCCAAUCCGAUUCCGAGGAUGAACCAAUCCAAUUGACUCAUUUGUCAAAAAAAAUCUGGUUAGUUUUUGACACAUCGAAAAAGCGAUUGAGAUCGUUUAUUGAAAAUGGCGGCAAAAAAGUCAAUAGUAAAGUAAAGCAAUAUCACACAAUGGCCUUCACAAUAAAUAAUUUUAAUCAUAAUAUGAAUAAUUUUUCAAGUUUGUGAGGACCCAAAUUCUAAAUGGCAGGGAGUAUGGUAUUUGAGAUUUUUUUUAUAACUUAUAUAAAAUAUUUACGUCGUAUAAAAUCUAAAACAGAAGAAAUCAUUGAAAUCUGGUUCAAAAUCCACAAGUUAUAAGCCAUUGAGAAUAUGUAAGUAGUAGGAGUGAUUGUCAGAAAACAGGAAAGGAACAAAAUACUUGCAUGUAACGUUAUUAGGAAUUACGAGGCGUGUGAAACAAAAAGAAAUGAAACGGUAUCCCCAUUUCACGCCCACUCCUGCACGUAGCAAUAUUUCAAAUUUCAAUUACUGCCUCAUUUCUUGUCGAAUUUUAAUGCUGUUUUAACAAAAGGAUUUCUUUUUUGUACUAAUUGCUGUUACAUAUUACAAAAAGUAAAAAAUCAAACAUAGUCAAAUACUUUAUUGCAAAAGGAAGUUAAAAAACGCUCGGAAUACGAUGAACGCUAAAGCUGCAACGUAAGCUUUUUUACUUGACUACGGCGUAUCAAGGACGGGUUGAAAUAUUCACCUGCAAUAAUUUUGACAUAAUUGGCUACUAACAGCUGUCUUGUAAUAUUAGGCACAGUGAAAAGGUCUGACUAAGAUAGGACACAAAAUUUGCAUUUGGACCCUAUUAGGGCCUAAGAUGUAUUUAUUUAUUAUGUUGUUUUUAUUGUUUUUGUAAAACGUCAUUGAUUAGGGCCAAAAAAUUAACGUAGAAUUUUUCACGUCUUUGUUUUGAUUUGGACAUGGGUAACGCUAUAGGUUAAGGGGCCCUAAUCCGUCCCUAGGGGCAAAUCCGUCUUUUUGCAAUUACGUUCUAUGCGAAGGACUGUUUCAAUAGCUAGAGGCAUGAAAGACGAUAAAAUGUCCUAUUUACCUAUGGCUAUUACGGCUUAUUGCAAAAAGACGGACAUGCCUCCGUAGACGGAUUAGGGCUCCCUAACCUUGCCAAUAAAAAGUAAUGGUGCAGCCGGGUACGUAUUAAAUAUCUGUGUAAAAAGUUGUAUUUAUAAAAUACCCAUAUUAAAAUUAUUUUGACAAAUAUUUUUAUAUAAUAGUACAAGGCACAAUGGCAGUUCAAAAUGGAUUUUAUUUAAAAACAGAAAUAUUAUAUUUAGAAAUAAAUGUAAAGAAUGUACAAUGUAAUAAGCAAUAUAUUAAUGUAAAUUAUUUAUUAGUUAAAUAUUUAUGUACCUAUUUAGUGUUGUAGCUAAAUAUUUGUAAUUAUAUUUAUAAAUAUCGAAUAGUUGUAAUUUUGACGUCGCUUAAUAAACGCCUGGAAUAAAUCAUAAAGAAAACAUUUACAACACGCUUAUUGCACAUAUUGCUUUUGUGUUUUGCUUGGAAUAAGAUCUUAAAGCAGGUAUCACCGUGAAAUUUUAGUAAACAAAA